AUGUCAUCAGUUUCAAAUUUAUUUAUUGAUAAAGCGCAACAACCUAACCAGGAUAACCAUGGGGUUAUGGAUCUUGGAAAGAAUUGUCAGUAUUGUAAUCAGUUAGAUUUCUUACCAUUUGUAUGUGAAUUUUGUAACAAGACAUUUUGUUCAAAUCAUCGAACUAUAGAACAACAUAAUUGUAAAAAUAAAGAUAAAUUUUUUAAUCAACAUAACUCAUCGUCGUCAUCACGAUCACCAAGUCCAACAAGUGGAGUUUCUUCAAAAUCCUUAUUUCCUGAUCGUCAAGCAGAUAAAAAGAAAUUAGAAGCUAGUUUAAAUAAUAGUCAAAUUAAACCAACUACUAUUAAAGAAACUCAAUUUAGAGUUGGUGAUGUUGCUGGUACUAAUGCAUUUAAGAAAUUCCAAAAAUUCCUAUCCCUUCAAAAGAAUAAAAAGAAGACAAAGUCUGGGGAGAGUUCAACAAUUGGAAAGUUUUUUGGGAAAUCAAGUAGUAACAAAUAUGUUGAUAUUGCAAAUUUAAAGAAAAAUGCAAAAGGUGAUAAUAAGAUCAAAUUAGAAGAUAAGAUAUUCAUAUGGUGUGUUUAUAUUAAAAAUCCUGAUGAUGAUUCAAUUAAUAUUGAAAAGGAUAAAAAACCUGUAUUUAUAAAUAAAAAUUGGGUUGUUGGUAGAUCACUUGAUUCAAUUGCUGAUGUUUUACAUAUUCAAAAUAACAACAAUGUUACUAGUAAUUCACUGGAGAAACUUAAUAUAUUCAAAUUAGAACAAACCGUGAAAGAAGAUGGUGAACCCAAGUUAAUUACUACUUCAUUGAAAUCAUCUGUUUUUAAAACCGGUGAUACUAUUUAUUUAGUUAGAGGAACCAUAUAA